UAAAAUUUAAAACAAUAAAUAUAAAUAAUAAAUAAUAUGAUAUGAUGAAUGUUCAACAAAAACGAAAAAUUCUUCUUUACAAAGAUAGUAUCGAUAAAAUUAUAACGAAUGGAAUUCAACCAAAUCUAGUGAAAUUGGAAAAAUCUGCCAAAAUCAUUCGAUCGAAUCCUGCCAAAAAACUUUUGACUAAAGAAUGUAUGUCUUCUCAUCUUAUUACACAACAAUUACGUAAUAAUCUAAAUGAAUUGGAAAAAUGUUAUAAAUUAUUGAAUGAAUUAACAACCGACAAUGAAUAUGAUCAUAAAGUUCAAUCGAUUCGAAAAGAAGUUUUUCAAUCGAUUACUUCUUUCUCAAAAAUCAGUGAUCACAUAAUACAGGAUAAUCGUUGCUCAAUUGUUAAUGAUGAUGAUGAUGAAUCAAUAAACACACAACACAGCCAGCAGCAACAACAGAUACAGCAAACCAAUCUAGUUGAAGAAAAUAUUCGAAAAGCUAGUCGAACACUUCGUGAUGUACAAGCGCUUAAUCAAGAUCUAGAAGAUUUACAUGACAUGAUGAGUAAAUUUGGUACAAUAGUUCAUGAACAACAAACACCAGUUGAUCACAUUGAACAGAAUAUUGAAAAUACUACUGAAAAUGUUCGUGAAGGAACCAAAUCAUUGGCCAUUGCAGCAUCAUCAAGUGUCGUACCUAUAGCUUGUGCAGCAGUUGGUGCCACAAUUUUCGGCCCUAUUGGUGCUUUGAUUAGUUUUAAAUUAUCCACAGGUAUUGCAUCGGCCAUUGGUGGAUCAGUUGCAUCCUAUUCACUUGCAUCGUAUGUAAAAAAACGAAAUCGACGACAUGCUGAACUUGAAUUACUUAGCAUAACCGAUGGGACAACAAAUCGAACCAUUGAUGAUGAUGAUGAUGACGAACAACAAUAAUGAUAAUUGUGCCAAUCUAUUUAGCUGUGAUUUUAGCUUUUUAUUUUGUAAAUCUUGUACAGAAGUGAUUAAUUAAUUAAUUUUAAAUUA